UGGCCGCCUCCCCGCGGCUCCCUUCGGCGGGCGGGACGCGGAGCCGGAGCCGAGCGGACCCGGAGCGGCUCGGAGCGCCCGGCGAGGAGAAGCCAUGAGCCCCGAGGAGAAGCCGCCGCCGCCUCAGGCCGGGCGCUGCCGCGGUGCCCGCCUGCCGCAGCCCCAGCCCCAGCCGCAGCCGCAGCCCCGUCGGGGCGGGCUGCUGUCGGAGAUCCGCACGGCCAUCCGCAGCGAGCCCUUCCACCUGCGGUACCGCCUCAGCCCCGGCCGCGAGCUGGGCAGAGGGAAAUUUGCAGUGGUGAAGAAAUGUAUCCAGAAAGACACCGAAAAAGAGUUUGCAGCAAAAUUCAUGAGAAAAAGAAGAAAGGGUCAAGACUGUCGGAUGGAAAUAAUCCAUGAAAUUGCAGUCCUUGAGUUGGCGCAAUGCAACCUGUGGGUCAUUAACUUGCAUGAAGUUUAUGAAACUGCAACGGAGAUGAUUUUAGUCCUGGAAUAUGCCGCUGGAGGUGAAAUCUUUGACCAGUGUGUUGCUGAAAGAGAGGAAGCCUUCAAAGAAAAAGACGUUAAGCGACUUAUGAAGCAGAUCCUGGAAGGAGUUUCAUUCUUGCACAGAAACAAUGUAGUUCAUCUUGACCUAAAGCCCCAAAACAUUCUACUAACCAGUAAGUCUCCUCUGGGAGACAUAAAGAUAGUAGAUUUUGGCCUUUCCAGAAUAAUGAAGAGCAGUGAGAACUAAGAGAAAUUUGGAACUCCAGAAUACGUAGCUCCUGAAAUUCUGAGUUAUGACCCAAUCAACAGCACCGAUAUGUGGAGCAUUGGAGUACUGGCAUAUGUUAUGCUAACAGGGAUAUCGCCUUUCUUAGGGGAUGAACAAGAAACAUUCUUAAAUAUAUCUCAAAUGAACGUAAGUUACUCUGGAGAAGACUUUGACCUCAUAUCAGAGUCUGCUGUGGAUUUCAUCAAAACUUUGCUGGUUAAGAAACCCGAGGAACGGGCAACUGCUGAGGAAUGUCUUCAACAUCCAUGGUUAGAACAAAGUGAUGAACCUAUUUCCAGGGCCUGGAAUGAGAGUGCAGGAGGGGAGAGCAGCAAUGUCACCCAGCAAGAUGCAGAUUCUGCCUCUGAAAAAUCUGUUGAUGUUGAGAAAAACCGAGGAGGAAGAAUCAAUAGUGACAGAAGACUAAUUGUAGUGGCUUCAUAUACACUGGGACAAUGUAGGCAGUCAGAAAAAGAAAAAGCAACUGAGCAGAAAGCCAUUUCCAAACGAUUUAAAUUUGAAGAACCAUUGCUGCAAGAAAUACCAGGAGAAUUCAUUUACUGAACUGUGUGGCGCUUCAUAGCUAUAACUGGAAGGAAAUGUUUUCUGCUAAACAAAAUACCCUAGCCAAGGGAAUCUCUGAUAUGCAGUAAAUGUUCUAGAUAAAAGAAAUGUUGAUAGGUGCAUCUAAGGAAAAUGUGCCAAGUUUUUAAUUUUAUGGAACAGAUAAAACAAGAUUUCAAGUGGCUGACAGGAAUUUAAUGAAGAUAAAAGCUUAUUUUUUGUUUGCAAUUUUUAUUUCAUAUGUUUUUUGUCUCUGAGUAGCAGACAAAUUUGUAAUUGUUCUAAUGUUCUGGAGAAGUUGACAUAGCAGGUGUUUCAGUAACAGAUGUCAAGAGGAGUAUAUUUUAGGACAUGUUUUGUCAUUCAAAGUAAAUACAUAAUGCUGGGUUUUCCUCAAACACCUUUUAGCACUCCUGACUUCAGUGGAACUAUCUGCUGAUCUUAAAGUGUAUGAGAGAAUUUGACUGACUGGUUUGACAUACAGAUUUCAAAGCUAUGCUCUGUGUAUAUUCUUUGUUUUCAUCAAGUCCAAAGACUCAGACUUAUUUGGUGUAUAGCCAAACAGUGAGCUGGGUUCCUCUAGCAAGAGAUGCAUAUGUCCCACAGGUAAAGAAAUCUUAGCAGUGAACAAUUCCAGAUACAGUGGUGAUGAUUUUAUUUAUUUGGGAGAGUACAGUAAAAUCCUGCUCUGGAGAGUGAUAAAUGUACUUGUCAGUCAGUCUCGAGAACCAGCAGAGACUGUUCCCUUUCCCUCCUGUAUUGGGCUGGAUGCACUAACAGCACAGCUUAGUGUAGCUGCACAGUGUUGAUGCGUGGGCAAAAAAGAAAGCGACACAGGGUCUGAUGUAGCUCUGCUGGAGUUACUGAACUUCUCUCCACUGACUUCAACAUGUUAGAUCAGACUGUUUAUCAGACUUACGAUAAAUCAGGCCCUUGAUUUCCCCCCACCCCACGAACUCAGCUUGGGUUUUGCUGGGAGCAUGAGGUCAUUGCUGCCUUCUUUCUGUUCCUUUAACAGCUGCUUCAAGGAAGAAAGAAGCAUCCUUAGGCUAAAUUGCAAACCUUGCUCAGUGUAACUAUCAGAGGAAGCAGUAUCUUCUUCCUGAUCUGAAACAACAAAGCACAACUCAUACCUCAUGCUUCCCAGUCGCUCUCCCUUAGACACUUGGAAAAACUGCAUGUGUAUGAUGGGGCAGAGUGGGAUUAGGGAGCUGCGUGGAUGGGUCAGUUCUCAGUGGACACAGGUCCCUCAGAGGGUAAAGCUGGGACCAACCAGGCAUCAAAGUUGACAGGGUUUUGCAGUGUAGAAGUCUGAGGAUCUUGGACUGAGUCCUAGUUUUCUAAGAAAUCUUUAAUAUCGUUGCUGUUCCAAAGUUUAUUUUUUAUGUAAUUGAAGUUUAGUACUAUUAUAUUGCAUACUGUUAACUAUUCAACUAUUUAUUUGGUUUCCUAUGCUGUUCCUUUAUAAUAAACCCUGACAAAAGUUUUCUUGCUAUAAAAUAAUGAAUAGAAACUCCUAAGCUAGUUUUCCCUUUUUUUUUUUUUCCUUCUGUGUUGCCACAGACUUUCAUUUCUAAUGUACUGGGAAUGUUCUCUUUCUAGUGAACAGGAUUUUUUAUGUUAGUGUUACAGCUCCUUCACACAAAAGGUAACAGUAUUAAUAACAAAAACAGUAGUGGUGGGGAUCUGAUUAGUAUUGCUGUAAGGGUGGCAGAAAAAGCACCAGUAAAGAAGAAAUCUGAACAAAAAGCACUGUCAAACUGAGUGUGGCAAUGUGAAUUUUUCCGUAACACCAGGGGGCUGGUUGCCUUUGCUCGUAGCCACAUCAGAAAAACAGCGCCUAAGUUAAACUAUCAGGCUUCUUCCCCUAUGGAAUUACAUGCUGAAUGUUCAUGUAGGUAGGGCAACAUCUUGCUCCUUGAAGACCUUUAAGAAGGCAUCCAGUAGUCAAGAAUUGAGCUUGGAUGUAAUUUAUAUUGCAAAGCAGAGAUGCCUUACAUACUUUGGAGAAAUUCGACAUUUCCUGUUGUUUUUCUUUAACCUCCUGUAGAUAGCUUCUCACUACUGUGCAAUUUUCUUUGAUAUCUGUGUCUGCUGAUUAGUAGAAGUCAAACAAGACUCUGAGCUAACAGGGUACUUGUGUUACCUGGGCAUUUCUGGAGGCAAAUGGUAGCUGCGGUGCUGCAUGCUUGUGGCCCCUGCCCUACCUCCACUGCUGAUCUUUCAGAUGUUUUAAGCAAGACAGUACUCUUCAUUUCUUCUACUGCUUAGUCAGUGGUCUGGGGUGCGAUAUGUCUUGCUAUUCAUCUGCCAGUGCACUCUGACUCUUCCACAUCCAUGCUUCCUUGCUUUCACAAAGCUGAGCAAAGCUCUGAGAUGGGGGCACGUUCACAUUCCCCCCCUUACAAAUCUAAUUUCUGUUGCCCGCAUCUAUCAUACUGCCUAAGUGUGUAAGAAUAACAACAAUUCGUGGUUGCUCAUAGCAAGCAUGCUAUAGGCCAUUUGAGAGGCCUAUAAGCUGUUUCAAAUUCUGUUUGUAACCGCAGAUUGUAACUCAACAGUAGAUGCUGAGCAGCUCACAUUCUGUCCCAUAUUCACUGUUAGUGACAAAGGAGCAGGACGUGUAAAUGAACCACAAGGUCAGCUUCUUCUGAAUUGGCUGCUUCGAGAUUUCCAGGGGGCUGCAUUUUUGUUUAGCUUUUUGUGCCUUAACGUGCUUUUGUACAGUGUUAUUGGCAUCGUUAAGAACGUGUAUAAAGUUGUGAAAGUUUAACAGUGUAAGUUAUAAACACGGCAUCUGAGAUGGGCCCUAUAAUAGGAAAUUUUCCUAAGGUGUAACUGCAGGACUAUCCGCCACUCCCACACGUUUAAAGCAAUUUCUGUGCCACUGUAAGUGUGAGUAAAGCCGUAGUGAGGUACUCUUUCCUUACACUAGAGGAAGGGGCUUUUGAGGCUGAUGUUCUUGAGAGGCCGAGCUGCCAGUGAAGCAAUAUGUUCAGGCUGGGAACAAACCCCAGCUCAUGAAGAAGGGCUGAUUCUCUGCUGACCGCAGAGACUGACGGCUGACUGCACGGACACACAGUUUUGGG